UGUCCAACUUACAGGUUCGAAAAGACUCGAAAUAUAAGUGUCAUUUGUUAUUAAGGCCAAACGCAAGUAUUGUCACCUAUAUUAUUAAAUUGUAGACGUUUGCAGCAGUAGUUUUGCCCAUGUGGAAUUACAAAUGGAAAAAUGGAGAAUCUUGAAGCAGACGAUACCAACAAUUGCUAGUCGUUUAGCUGGCUUGUGUGCUAGCUAGCGGGCUAGCUCGCAAAUAUUUCACUACGGACGAGCCGAUUAGGAAUUCGGAGGAAAGCCCGUCAGCAUGUGGAUGGUGGGCGAACAUGGACGGACCAUAUAGAAUGAGUGUGAGAGAACUGUGCGAGACGGAUGAUUUGGCCACCAGUCUGGUGCUGGAUCCUUUACUGGGGUUCAGCACACAUAAGAUGAAUAUAAGUCCUCUGCCAGAGAUCCGGCGUUGGAGCUACCUGAGGGAGACUCUGCUGCGCUUCUGUCGCACCAGGGACUUCCAGGCCACGUUCGACGCACUGCUGGACGGAGAGUGGACCAGCAACUACUUCCCAAGCCUGGGCACGCACCGGCAGGAGCUGCUGAGACAGCACAUGUACCGCUAUCUUACGGCCUUCCUGUUGGACAGUGGAGUGCAGAUUGAGUCAUGUGACCGGUAUUCAUCAGAAACCAAUGGGGCCAAAAUCACAGCUACAAGGCACUGGUCAAUUGGAGAGCGUGUGGAGGUGCUGCAGGGCUGCAUUGCUGAGCUGAGUCCUGCCGAUGGCGCUGUGCUAAGGGCGGGAGUGAAUGACUUCAGUGUGAUGUACUCUACACGUAAGCAGUGCGCUCAGCUCUGGCUGGGACCUGCUGCCUUCAUCAACCAUGACUGCAGACCGAAUUGCAAGUUUGUUCCUGGGGAUAAGAACGGAGCAUGUGUGAAAGUGGUCCGGCCCAUCUCGCCAGGGGAGGAGAUCACAUGUUACUAUGGCGACAGCUUUUUUGGGGAGGACAAUGAGAUGUGUGAAUGUUACACCUGUGAGAGGAGAGGGGAGGGAUUCUUCAGACAGAGGCUGGAUAGACUGCCAGAGUGGGUUGGCUCCAGUGAUCCUUUAGGCCAGAAAUACAAAUUCAGAGAGACAGACUUGAGGCUGAACCGAGGGAAGGGAAACAGCACUCCAAAGGGAUUUCUCACUGUAACAAAUCCAGCUUGCUCUGUGAGGAAUUCCUUUUCCCAGCAGAUGAAGAGGAACGCCCCUACAGUGAGCAGCAGGACGACAAAGACCAAGAGGUGGAAAAGGGAGGAGGAGCAAACCAAACAGGCAGAGAAGAGGCGAGACGACCAUCUCAUCUCAUCCCUGUCUUCCUGCAGUCUCAGAGACUUCAGCGUCUGCCUGUAUAAUCACACAGUGGACUUUCUCUUAAGUUGCAAGGACCCUACUAGCAAAGAGCGAGCCCUGCUGGAAAGGAUAGAGAGCAAGAGACCAAACCCUGAUAGGGCAAACAACGGACUGAGCUUUCUGACACCUACUGCCGUUGAACCACAAGGAGGUGAGGAGAGACAGGACAUUUCUAGUGACUUAUUGAGUAGUAAUCCUGCUGCUGAAUUAAAUUUAAAACCUUUUGCUUUAACAUCCAUUUCGAGCAUAUGCGAUACUAACUGUCCGAAAUCUAAGGGACGGAACAUGGAUGCUCGGGCAGUUAGAGUCGUUCAUCAGAUGGCCAUUUCCUCGAGGACCCGGAAUAUGCUUCGGAGUCGACUAAGGGGAGGUGUCCGAGCCUUUGAACAUUCUAAAUUGUCUCGCUUGAGCAAAAAGGCAGUUAAAAUGAUCAGCCAGACAUCUAAUGUUCAUGUAAACCGCAGAGAUCCCCCUCGUCAGAGAGGGAGUGUCUCUGAGCUCAGAAAUGGUCGUAGGCACAUUACCGUUAAGAUGGAUAAGUCACGUUUGUGCAAAACGUACCUUGGUAGGGGUGGAGGAAAUAACAGUAAGUCAUCACAGUCCCAGGCGGUCACACAAGAGGAACAUUGCAGCUUUGGGGACAGUGACAAGGAGGAGGCUGAUGGCAACAAGUGCAUCACAGGCGCUGCUAGGGAGGGAGGUUUGAACUCCCUGACUGCCUCAGAGACCUCGGGGGAAAAGGAGAACAAACACAGACCUUCUGUUGUUUCUGGCGCCAUCACUGUUGCAUCUCCCUCGCCGCCUCCCCCCAGUUGCCCUCCCCUCUCUCUCCCUUCAGGGUUAACGCGCUACGUAAAAGUCAGCCUGGUCAGAGUGUCCAUCCCAGGAGAAGUAGGAGCAGCUGGCAGGGCAAAGCAGGGCCAGGCAGAUAGCAGUGGAGAGCCAGAGUUCUCACCACCAGCAGCUGGAGAGCAGGAGGAUUCAAAGUGCCAAGGUAUGGCUAGAGCUGAAGGUAAGAGAGGGGUGAGGGAAAUGUACUUUACACCAGUAAACAUGGGAAGUGCAGACAGGUAUUUAAAAGUCACAUGUGGUUUAUUACAGUGUGAUAUAGAAAGUACCAAAAAUGCUGCUAUCACACAAACUGCUGCCAAGGAAGUAGAAGAGGAUAGUAAGUGGGGUAGAGUCGGAGAGGAAACUGGGGAAGAGAAGGGAAGUGGUGAUAAUAGAGUUAGCGCUGAUUCUGUCGGUGUUGAAACAGCUUUGAAUGAAGAGGGGUUAGUGACCAGGGUAGAGAAAAGACAACAUUCACCAAGAAGUGAAACGAAAGAGGGUGUGAAAAGCACAGCUGAAGGGGAAGAUAAGGAAGAGAGUGAAGCUGACAAACAGGGCAAGGGAACCAGCCAAAGAGCCUGUACAGUACAAAAGAACAUGGAUUUAUUGGUACAUUUUGGGAGCAAAACCAUUGUUAUAAAGGAGGCGAAAGUCCUUCUGUCUGACAUUUUCAAGAGCAUAAGCAGUAAACCGAUCAGACAACAACAGGAUAGCAAAGGAUACAAUAGCAUUCUCAGGAAUCCCUCGUCCCAGCGUGCAGAUAAAAAAUGGACCCAGUGUAUUAAAAGACUGAAAUCCCUUACUUCUCAUGGAGAGAGAGAAGGUUUGAAUGAAGGCUGCGAUCCAGUGAAAAAAAACGCAGGUCCCUUUACUCAGAUUGUGACUGAAAGUAAGUGUAAUACAGAGGCCCUGGGUUUAGCUGACGUGGGCGGAGCACAGAUAGCCCAGAAAGCAGCGGUGGAAGCUCAGCCCUCUUCAGAGCCUCUCUCUCCUGCUAAGGGUAGUGUGGAUCACAGUCUCCAGAGCAGCAUCCCCCUAAAGAAACGUGCAUUUCGGGAGUCCAUCGACGCAGAUCCAGCAGAUCAGGAUGUGAUCGCAGCUGUGAUGGAGCCGGCAUGUGCCACUAAAUGUGUGGCGAGCAGGCUGGACAGUCUGUUGCCUGCAUCCCAAGGGAACAGCAGUGUUGAUGCUGAAGCUCAGAACUUAACCUUAGAGCUGAGCCCAACUUUCAAGGCAGAGACUGUAGGAUCAAAGAAGCGUGCUGCAACAAUCAGGCCAUCUAAAACUUCAGCACUCCGAAAGCUUCAUCCCAGAAAAAAGCUGCGAUCUUUUCAAGCUAGACUAGUGCAAGAGCAUGGGAAGAAGCUUAGAGACAGAGACAGCACAAGUAUCUUACCGGUAGAGAAGAGCCCUGAACGUAGUGCAAAUAACAAGAAGAACUCCAAACAUACCUCUGAGCUGGAAAGCAUAGUGGAGUAUGUCGAUGCAGUAGAAGAGAUGCGUGAGAGAGUGAGAGGGGGACAAGGCGAUAGUCAGAAAGUGCUAGAGAAAACAGCAGAGUUUACUGAGCAUGGCUCAGCAGAGAAUAACGCUGAGUUACCUGCCCCAGAAUCUCCUGUAAAUACGGAAGACAAGCAGAGCCCUAAGUUAAGAAUACGACUGAAAAGAAAAGGGGGGAAGGAAUGGGAAAUGGAGACUACACACAAGCGCGACAGCGCUGUGGGUGAAACGCCAAGCCUACUGCCACGUGCUGAUGCGAUUGACCCCUUUAAGGCUAUUUUAGACUCCGUUGCAAUUUUAAACUUGGAAAUGGAGAGGAUUCGAGGUCACGGAGAAGUAGAUAAAACUGUGGGAUUGGAGAAAGCAACGAAAGCUGUUCAAGACGUCUUGGAGCACUGCAGAAAAGAAGGCUCAAUCAAGCCAAGGAAAAGACACAAAAAGAUACCAUCCAUUGGCGUCAGCACCAAAAAGCAUGUUAAAGGACAAGGAAGCUCUGUUGAAGGUAAAAGCAUUGUUCCUGGUGUGCCUCAGCGGCAGAGCGUGCUUGUGAAACAUCUCAAAGUGGAGGCGGACAGUGCUGAUAUUAAACCUCUACCUCUUCUUCGUUUGCGCCGCAGGGCCGAGGGCAGGUGGGAGGUGGAGGGCGAACAAGCUCCGAAACAGGACACAAACAAGGGCCCAGGCAGUUCCGUGCUGAGGGAGCCGAGAGGCCCGACAUGCAUCUCUCCUGGGACGCCAGUACUGGGAGAUACGGAUGCCAGCAAAGUGAAACAGGAAACUUUGUCUCCCUGCCAACACCAGGCCAUUGCUGGCAGCGGUGAUGAGACUAGAGAGUUCUCUAAAGGUGCAACCAGUUCAGAGCCUCCUCCUCUUUUAUUAUCUCUCUCACCCUUGUCUCUAAAUUCUCCGUAUCAUGAAGGACUGACAGAAGUGGCCCGUAUUAAUGGAAGAGUUGACCUCAAAGAGAGAGGUAGGGAAGCCAAAGCACCAGAGAAUAUCGAAAGGAAGGAGACCCCUGUGGCAGGAGGGAUGACAAAGGCUGAGCUCAAAGAGAGAAGUGAGGUUUGCUUGAGUCACAACUUAUUACAGAUCAACAGAAGCCUUUCUAAACUCCAAGCCAUGAGCCAGCAGCAGCCACCAGAGAGGAGUGGCUCUGCUAGCACCAGUGCAACAACUACCUCCUGUCCAAUUCAGUCAAGGCCUUUGUCUCCUCCCACUUCACCCUUUACCACAGAGUGCUCCUUUUCCAACUAUUCAGAGGAUAUUUUAGAUUUUCAGUGCUUGAAUCUUGAAAGCUAUGAUCAGGCACACACACAAAACAGCCUGCCAAGUUCAUUAACAGAUUACUGCCCUGGGGAACCACAUAACACUGGAUCUUUUAGUAGCCCCUUCUCUCAAAGCCCAAAUGAUGGAUGGAACCCAGAGACUCCAUACCUUGGCUCCCCGAGUCCAGGGAGGAGCUUUAGUCCAGCUGAAGACCUCAGUUUCGCUGAUCUGGGCCUUUCAAGAGAAGACGCUCCGUUGUUGAACAGCGGCCCUUUCUUCUCUUCCAAAGAAAAGACGUUUACUCCUGUAACGAGUUUAGCAUUUGCUAAAGAUUGUGAAAGAAAUACAUCAUUUUUUGAUGGUCUGCUCACGAAACGUAACCUGAUUUUCCAGAACAAGGACGAUUCUGCAACACCUCUGGUCUGUUUGGCAGAUAAAACCUUAGGCAACCAAAGGGACUUAAUAUUUAAUCCAUCCUCAAGUAAUAAGCAGACAGCCCCCCCUUCUUGCGUACAGUCUCAGGAUAAGCUCAGUUUUCUUGAUAGCUCAAAGAAUCUAUCAACCCCAGCAGACUUUGCCAGAAACCAAGCUAAGGACAAAACUAGCGGGCCGCUCCAUUUCCAUGGCUUAGCUCACAAAUCACAACCUGUCUUUUUGAGCCAGUCAGUGCAGAACCUCUACAACGCUAGCUCCCAGGGUAAUCCUGUGAAGCCCUUCCAUUCCCUUCAUACAGGAAGCAAAGCCAUGUCGAGCUCAGAGUUGCCUGGGGCCCUUAACCUUGGCAGCGUGCGGCUCCGUGGGCAUGAGAAAAAGUCUGCGUUUUUCCACAAUAGUUUGGUGAAGCUUGAAGGAGGAUAUGGUCAGACUGUUUCUAAAACUUCCUCAAUAGGUGAUCCUAAGCUUUCUUCGAAGUUCCACGGCACCAGAUCUGAACUUACCGACCCUGCUCCAGGUCAGUCUAAUUUACACAAAGAUCCAUCAGCUGAUGUUCUUCAAAGUGGAUAUCUGAAAUAUUUAGAAAACUCAAGGAGAGGCACAAAGACCGUUACACCACACAAAGGACUAUCUGAGGCCCACCCACAGACCGACAAAGUUUACCCAGUUUACUUUUUCAGCUCUAACAAAACUCCAGUGAAUGUCGUCAAAAACUCAACCGUAGAAAAGCUGCAGAAUUCUAGGUUUAACAACAGUCCCAACAUGCCAUGCAACAUUUUUUCAUCUAGCUCAAGUCCUCAGAGUUACAGUGUACCUCACUGUAAACCGUCGAGGCAGGACAAACCUCAUGCUGUGGUGGCUCCCAGCCAGAACUCUCAACCUCCUUUUCCCCUGGACAAAAGUCAGCUGUGUUUCUCACACUGUGAUCCCUUAGAUGUUAACUUAAGCUGCUCGCUUUCCCCCAACGUUUCUCAACAUGGUAGCCCACACAUGGGCUACAGGGAUUCUGUGGCCCAGGAAAUCCCUGUAACCAAAGCUCAGCCAUCCUCUUUCGUGUACAGCCAGUCAGCUCACCCGUCAUACGUCGUGAACUUCACAGGCGAUCACUCUGUCACCCUGGACUACACUGUUGAUGGGGACUGCUUGAAUUACUCCUCAUCAGUACCCACAAAUUACACUUACCAUUGUCUUAUGGAACCUUCCGGAACUCAAGGAAGGCUCAUCUUAGAACCAUGUGGUCCCACAAGCAUCUCACAUUCUCCUUCUCUGGGCAGCUUUACAGGACAUAAAGGCCAGCCUGAGCAGUCGAGUAAGGUCCCUCAGCAUCACGGGCAGCCUGGAGGCCAUCCGAUCAUUUCCCACCACUUCCCACCAUCAAACUCUCAGAACACGUCUGUGACGGACCGUAAACCCAAGAGGCUAAGGCUAGUGGUAACGGAUGGUACUGUAGACCUCGAUCUGCAGUACACUGAUUAAUGAUUACUCUCACUGAUGAUGAAUUCUGCUUUCUAUAUUCAUAUUUAUUAACAAUAAUGCAAGUAUGUUCUCUCUGUUAAAAAAAAAAAAGUUUAAAAGCAUUGUGCUUAGGAUUUCUGAUGUGCAUUUUUUAUUGUUGUCAUUUUAUGUGAUUAUUUAAUUAUUUCAUUAGCAUUCAGGAUUGUGUUACAGUUUUAUAAUGUUUAUGUAAACCAUUGUGGUUCUCACAUAGUAGCUCAGAUCAGCCACAUGAUGGAGGUGUUGUUAUUCUGUUUUUGUGGAUGUCCUUUCCCCAUUCAUACUCAUUUGCUUAAAUGAACAUUUAGGGAUAAGCGUAACCAAGUCGAAUGAUAAGGGUGCAUGGCAGCUUGCCUGUUGGACUGGGUCUGUUGGAGCAGGGCCAAGGCAGGUAGCAUGUGAUUUUUGAUCCCCUGCGUCUGCCUGGCUGUGCCAAAUUGAAUUAAGGGCCACAGACAAUGAUGUGGAACAGAGUAUGCUGUACAUGAACAGUGAGUACUGUAUGAGACCUGUAAUUCAUCCUGUAUUCCUGCUUGAUUCCUCUGAGAGGAUGUCCGUGUGACUGAGGGCAUCGCCAUCAUCUGCUACAGUGUACUGUGUAAGUAGGCCUUGGUGGAUCUAAGCAGACACAGAUUAGGUCUUGUCCUAGAAUGAUAUAUGCUUUCACCUCUUUCACAUAUAUCUGAAUGUCCCAGGCUCUUUUUUUAAAAAUAGAAUUCAAUUACUCUAAAAUGAGAAAAUGAAUCUUGGUGUGUGAUGCGUGCCCAGAAACUUGAGAGAUGCUGGCAUGAAGUGUGUAAAAUUUGGAUAAUUCAAAGCAAACUAGCGAUUAUCUUUUCUAGUUUUUGAUCUAUGAUUUUUAAAAGCUAUUUCACCAUUCAGUCUGAGGCACUGUAAUGUGUGGGGAAAUCUCUUCCAGAUUACCCUGUCUCAUCGUCUUGUAUCAGUUUCAGAUGUGAAGAAAACCCUGAAGGUCCAUGGGAGAGCCUUCCCAUGACGAUUUAAGCACACAAACUAAUUGUAUUAUAGAUUUCUUAAUCAUCCCUGUGAAUAUUAUUCCAGUUCAGAUGCAUGCAUGUACAGUUAACUCACUUCCUCACUGUGUGGGAGUGCACACAAUACCAGAGUAGUGCAGCCUUUAGUCCAUGUAGUACUGUAGUCUUUUAACAGCAUUUAUGCUGGUUAUAUUUUUAAAUUUGUUGAUGUUUGUUUACCCCUAAUUUUUGUAUUUAUGGUACACGCUUUGUGUGUGUGAUCUGAGUUUACACCUCCUGUGGUCUGGGAUCAGGCUGUUUUUAACCAUACUGUUCACUCUAGGGAGGUUAGGAUCAGGACCCAAAUGUGUUGUAGCUCUUACAGUGCACGGCAACAUGAAGCCUGAUGCUACUUUUCUAACUUUCCUGAUUUUGCAUGCUUUGUGGGGCUUGAGAUGUGGAGGUGUAACUGUUUGGAGGUCACCUCUGUUUUUUUCAAGCUGCAGAUAUGAGCAGUGGGUGGGAAACAUGUUCGUGUCAUGUCCAGAGUUCAUGGUGCAAAAGGCCAACAUGAUAUUUAUAUUUAUUUCAAUAUCCUCUAAACAUGGUGCUUUAAUAUAACUUAAUGUUUUGAUUGUACUGUAUAAAAAUGUAUUUUACUUUUUUUUACAUCUAGAAUGUCAGUGGUUAUAAGAUGUAGUAAUCUUUACUCCCCAUGUUUCCAAUAACCAUUCUCUUUCAGAGAGUUUGUAACAAUGUUAGUUUGUCUUAAUUACAGUUUCACUGUAAAGAUGUAAAGAUAUGAAAAUGAUAUAAAUAAAAUGAAUCCUUUGUUAGA